AUGGCAUUCCAAUAUGAAUAUGCAGUAGUAAGCCAAAUACCCAGAUCGUUUGAAGAAUUUUUGAUGUCACCUGAUGCCAACGUACCAGGAAAAAAGGGAGGAAAAUUCAACUAUGAGGAGGCUUGUAAUGAGAGAGAAAAAUUCGUUGAGGCCUUGAGACAAAACGGAGUAGAUGUACUUGAAAUGGAAGCGGAUGAACGUCAUCCUGAGUGUGUAAAAGUAGACGACACAGCUGUCAUAAUUAAUGGAACGGCACUGAUGUGUAACCCAUAUCGAUGUCACAGACAAGGAGAAGUCAACCUAAUUCGUCAUACUCUCAAAAAAGAACUGGGAAUUAAAAUAGUUGAGUUGAAUACAGAAAAUGCUCAAGUCGAAGGAAGUGAUGUCCUUUUCACAGGUCAAGAAAUUAUUGUGGGCAUUUCCGCUCAUACUAAUGAGGCUGGUGCUCAUGCUGUGGCACGUGCAUUCCCAGAAUAUGCAACUUCUAUCGUCAAGUUACCUCAAGCUUUUCGUUCCCUUAAAGAUGCUGUUGGUGUGGCUGGGAUUAAUGUACUGGCAGUAGGCGAAAGUGAAGCAGCUAAACAACUAUUAAAGGAAAUUGGUCGUGUAGCUUCACAUACUUAUAAAGUGAUUACAUUACCAGAGGAUUAUGCUGCUAAUGUUUUAUAUAUUAAUCAUCAUCUAUUGCAUUUAUCAUCACAAAUGAUACCAAAAAGUAUUGGAAUAUUUGAAAAUAAAAUUAAUUAUUAUCGUAGUCAAAUUCAUAUUCCAGAAUUAUAUAAUGCUAAUGUAUCUUUAUCAAAACUUGCAUUAUUUGCUGGACCAUUUGGACGUCAAAAGAAUAUUAUUUCAACUAUUCCAUAA